CGGGUCCCUAGUGGGGCGACUGCCCAUAAACAUGGCGGCGCCCUGCUCAGCUUCUCCCCGCCGGGGCCGCAGGGCCACGCCAGCCUUGCCAGUACUCGGGGACUUCCUCCGCGAGCCGGCUUCCUGCACGGCUGGCAUUAAAACAGGCGCCUGGGGCUGCGGGCUGCGGCUGCAGAUGCUGAGCUGUCCGCUGGGUGGGCAGCGCCCCCUCCUCCCCUGAGCCUCUCAGGCGGGCGGGAGCAGAGCCAAAACAUCUCUAAACUGCACCCGAACCAAAGCGGGAGAGAGCUGGGGGAGACCGGGGACCCCGGCAUCUGACAUUUUAAUUGCAGGUUUGACUUUUUUCCCAAGAUCGCAGCCCUCCCGCCCAGCCCAGAUAUUUUAUCUCCCUCUGGCCUUGGUUGCUGGAUGAAGCCGGGCCUGGGCUUGGUCCCAGGAGCAGGGGAAGAGCGCGUUCGCGGCCCCGCGCAGUCGCCCCAGGAACCCCCGAGCCCUGCGCCCCGGCCAUGGUGUGGCUGAGCCCCGCGCUCCGGUGAGGCGGCGGCGCAGCUGCGAGCCCGGCGGACCCGCCCUGCAGGACGCCUUCCCCAAGGAACGGGGGUCGCCGGACUCCGCGCCCUCCUGCUGGGACUGCGCACCGGGCCCGAGAGGGCGAGCGGUGGCCGCGAUGUUCAGCUGGCUGCGUUCCGAUGACCGCCGCAGGAAGGACCCCGAGGUCUUCCAGACGGUGAGCGAGGGUCUCAAGAAACUCUACAGGACCAAGCUGCUGCCCCUGGAAGAGCACUACCGCUUCCACGAGUUUCACUCCCCCGCCCUGGAGGAUGCUGAUUUCGACAACAAGCCCAUGGUCCUGCUGGUGGGCCAGUACUCCACCGGGAAGACCACCUUCAUCAGGUACCUGCUGGAACAGGAUUUCCCAGGCAUGAGGAUUGGGCCCGAGCCGACCACGGACUCCUUCAUUGCGGUGAUGCAGGGAGAGGUGGAGGGCAUCAUCCCCGGCAAUGCCCUGGUGGUGGAUCCUAAGAAACCUUUCAGGAAAUUGAACGCCUUUGGCAAUGCCUUCUUGAACAGGUUCGUGUGCGCCCAGCUGCCCAACCCCGUGCUGGAGAGCAUCAGCGUCAUCGACACGCCGGGCAUCCUCUCCGGGGAGAAGCAGAGGAUCAGCCGAGGGUACGACUUCGCGGCCGUCCUCGAGUGGUUCGCCGAGCGGGUCGAUCGCAUCAUCCUGCUCUUCGACGCCCACAAGCUGGACAUCUCUGAUGAGUUCUCAGAAGUCAUCAAGGCCCUCAAGAACCACGAGGACAAGAUGCGGGUAGUGCUGAACAAGGCGGACCAGAUUGAGACGCAGCAGCUGAUGCGGGUGUACGGGGCCCUCAUGUGGUCCCUGGGGAAGAUCGUGAACACCCCGGAGGUGAUCCGGGUCUACAUCGGCUCCUUCUGGUCCCACCCCCUUCUCAUCCCAGACAACCGGAAGCUCUUUGAGGCCGAGGAGCAGGACCUGUUCAGAGACAUCCAGAGUCUGCCGCGAAACGCUGCCCUGCGCAAGCUGAACGACCUCAUCAAGAGGGCCAGGCUGGCCAAGGUCCACGCCUACAUCAUCAGCUCUCUGAAGAAGGAGAUGCCCUCGGUGUUCGGAAAGGACAACAAGAAGAAGGAGCUGGUGAACAACCUGGCCGAGAUUUACGGCCAGAUCGAGCGGGAGCACCAGAUCUCACCUGGGGACUUCCCCAACCUGAAGAGGAUGCAGGACCAGCUGCAGGCCCAGGACUUCAGCAAAUUCCAGCCACUGAAAAGCAAACUGCUAGAGGUGGUGGACGACAUGCUGGCCCAUGACAUUGCCCAGCUCAUGGUGCUGGUGCGCCAGGAGGAGACACAGCGGCCCGCCCAGAUAGUGAAGGGCGGAGCAUUUGAGGGCACCCUGCAUGGCCCCUUCGGGCACGGCUAUGGGGAGGGGGCUGGGGAGGGCAUCGAUGAUGCUGAGUGGGUGGUGGCCAGGGACAAACCCAUGUACGAUGAGAUCUUCUACACCCUGUCACCGGUGGAUGGCAAGAUCACGGGCGCCAAUGCCAAGAAGGAGAUGGUGCGCUCCAAGCUGCCCAACAGCGUGCUGGGCAAGAUCUGGAAGCUGGCCGACAUUGACAAGGAUGGCAUGUUGGAUGACGAGGAGUUCGCACUGGCCAACCACCUCAUCAAGGUCAAGCUGGAGGGGCAUGAGCUGCCCAACGAGCUGCCUGCCCACCUCAUACCCCCAUCCAAGAGGAAAGCCACCGAGUGAUGGGAGGCGGGGAGGUCCAGAGCAGGCAGGUGUUAGAGGAGAUGGGAGAGGCGAUCACAUACACACAGACACACACACACACACA